GCCAUUUCACCGCCAUAAUCUCCUCCUCGUCCAUGCCCGCGCAGAGCGCAGAAAUGGACCUCCUACUCAGUAACUCUGCACACACCAUCAGCAGGCGCUCCAAUAGUAAUGUGCCGAACCGUGGGGAGCCACCUCACGCGCCGCAUCGCAAGAAAUCACACAAAUCCAAGAAGAAUGACCCUUCAUCAUCCUCUUCUUCCGCUAUCCCCAGCGUUCCCUCCCGAGGGAUACUCAGACGCAACUUGGACUCUUUUGGCCUUCCCCUUCCCAGGACCAAGUCCUCUCAGCCCGAUCCCGGGCCCGCACUCAGAAGUCGUCCGAACAUCGCAUACACCAGUGCUCCGAAGCUCCCGGAGCCUCCGACCCAUGCGCGACACUCAAGCCUCCCCAGCUCAGCCGCAGCAGAGGAACGACGUCUGAACAAAGGGAAGCAACGAGAGUUCAUUGAGGACGACGCGUUGAGCAGCGCAACGGAGGCCGAUCACUUGCGGGAUGAAAUAGAGCAACUUAAGAAGCUGGUUCAUGAGCAGAAGAAGACGAUGAAGAAGCAGAAGAAGCAACUGGAGGAGCGCGAGCGUGAAGCAUCGAGCGCGAAGCUGAACAAGCAAGAGCAAGACGCGCAGAUACAGACUCUGAAGAGCAAGUGUCGCAAGAAUGACGAGCUCGUAUCGACAAUUGAAGCCGCCAUGCAAUGCCAAAUCUGCAUGGAUCUCAUGGUGAAGCCUUUCGCCCUCUCGCCUUGCGGGCACGUCCUCUGCCUCGAAUGUCUUCAGAACUGGUUUCGCAGUGCACCCACGCAGGAGGAGACUGACCUCGACCCGGAGGACCCUGACUUUGUGCUCCGCCGCCAGAAGUCGUGUCCUUGCUGCCGCGCCGUCGUGACGAGGAAGCCCGUGCCCAUCUUCAUCGUCAAGAACGUCGCGCAGGCGCUUGCGCGCGCGAAGGAUCAUGCUACGCCGCCACCUGCUGCUGCUGAGACGCCUGAAGAGGACCCCUGGCGUGGGAUCUUCCUCUCGGAUACGGAGUCUGAUGGCUACCUGCGCGACGAUAUGGACGAGGAGUCGCUGUACGAGUACGGCUACACGGACGACGAAGCAUUCAUUGGCGGCAUGCUGGGCUUCGGUAUCUACGCAGAGACGGACCCCGAGUCCGUCAUCGGCAGCGAGGAUGAUCUGGGCGGACUCGACGAGGAAGACGACGAGGACGAGGACGCGGAUCCCGAAUACGUCUUCCCCAUCUGGGAGCCCCCUGCCGUGCCUUUCAUCGACCCGCAGGACUACGCCGGCACGGACGUCACGGACGAGGACAUCCGCAUGAUGCAGCGCGGCUGCACGCUCCCCAUGAUCCGCCACUACAGCAUGCAGUACGAGCACCACCGCGGGCUGACGGCGUUUGUGUCGACGACGGAUACGCGCCGGCCAAACGAGUACUGCUUGAUGCUCGGGUGGAACGUGCACCUGCAGCCUGAUGAUCUGGACGGCGCGAACUAUAUCACGGACGUGCUGGACCAGGUCGACGCGAUCUAUGAUGGCCUUGCGCCUGAGAUUGCGUGGGAUGUGUGGUCGGACGAGGAUGGCGUGGUUCACGCGCAGCUCAAGGUUCCCGCGCACCCAACAGCCUACACCGAUACCGAUACGGAGGAGUGGUUGGAUUGA